GCAAUGGCAACAAACUCUCUCAUAACACCAGUUGCAGGCUUGGGAACCCCAUCUCUCUCUCCUUCUAGGAGCCCAACUAAGCUCAAUCUUUCAUCUGGUUUCUUAAGUUCCAGUGCUAUUGCAAACCCUUUUAGCAGAGCAAAAAGUUCUAAAGGAAGGUUCUCAUGCUAUAAGGGAGACUGGCUUCGAACGGAUCUGAAUGUUAUAGGUUUUGGGUUGAUUGGGUGGCUAGCACCAUCAAGCAUACCAGCCAUUAAUGGGAAGAGCUUAACUGGUCUUUUCUUCGAGAGCAUUGGUUCUGAACUGGUUCACUGGCCUACAGGCCCUGCUCUUACUUCCCAGUUCUGGCUGUGGAUGAUUUGUUGGCACAUUGGUCUGUUCCUUUGCCUUACAUUUGGCCAGAUCGGUUUUAAGGGAAGGAACGAGUACUUUUGA